GGGACCCACACCAAUGGAAUUAGAUUAUGCCAGAAAUUCCUUAAGUAAUCACAAGCAUGAAAAGAACGAGCAAAAGGAAAUUGUUUUAAAAGACGGAACAGAACCAACAUCAUAUAAUGUUACAAACAAUAGUUUAGAAUUAACACAAGUAGAAGGGAAUCGUGAACAAUUGCUGAGGUUUUACGACAAAAUCAACGGGCACUCUGCUUGGAUUCUACUAGACAGCGGAGCUUCCUACAAUUUUAUUGAUGAAAAUUUCAUAGCCUGUCAUAAAUUAACUUCAAAAAUUGUUUCUUCCCUUACAGUUGAAUUAGCAAGUGACCAGAAAGCCAGCACUAACAAAGCGAUUGACAUUAUAAAACUGGAACUAGGACCUUAUAAUAUCUCUGACAUUUCCGUGCAAGUCUUAAAACUCCAACAUUAUGAUGCUAUACUUGGCAAACCAUGGUUGUAUUAUGCUAACCCCAACAUCAAUUGGAGGAAAAAUACCUUGGUUUUUCAGUAUGGGUCUAAAACAAUUGAAGUCCAAGCAGACCCCCGGAAUACAUAUAAAGAAUACAGUUGUAAUUUGGUAUUCAUUUCUCAGCAACAAUUAGCUAAAGUACCUAGUAAUGAAGAAAUUUAUACCAUACAUGUUAAUAAAGAAGAUAAUGGAAACACCAGCCACCCACUACUCGAAGUUCGAAAGAUUCUCUAA